CCGGCCUUGGGCCUCUCGUGUGCGCCGGCGCUGCUGCCGGAGGAGGAGGAGGAGGAGGAGGAGGAAGAGGAGGAAGCAGCUGCGAACCAUGAGCGCCGCCGCCGCCGGACCCGCGGCCUGGAAGAAGGAGCACCUGUGGCAGUUCCUGCUGGCCUUGGGCUUCGAGCCGGACAAGGCUGCGGCCGAAGCUGGGAAGCUCACGUCGCACACGAAGCUGGGAGUGAGCAUGUUUGACAAACCUAACGGUGAUGCCUUUCACAUAGUUGCCUACUUUUUGUUUACCACUUUGAAUCCUUCCCAUGCUAAAGAAGUAUUCAGAUUCUGUUGGCCUCCAGUAGACCGAAAAGCUGAUGCUGAAUUUCGGAAACAGUGCUGUGAGUGGUUGAAAAGAAUUUCUGAUGAAUGUGGAAGCAGUUUUCCUCAAGUUGUUGGUUCAUUGUUUCUUUCUCCUGGUGGCCCUAAAUUUGUUGAUCUCAUGUACUCUUUUGCAAGAUUUGUUGCAAUGCAGUAUAUUAAAACCAAUUCUGAAAGUUCUAAUAAGUGCUUUGUAGAGUCAUUUAAUAUAAAAUUUCAAGAUCCUCAUAAGUCAUUUACAAGAUGCCAUGUAGCACGUACCUGGUUUUUACAGAUUUUACAAAAAGAAGAUUCUUUGAUUCGACAAUACCAAGAAAAUUCUCAAUCAUUAAUUAAACAAAUAAGAGAUUUGAAUUCACAGUACACAGAAUUGCAAAAAUUACAAAAAAAGAACCAGAAUGAAGACCAAAGAAACAUAUCAGAGAAAGUUCAAAAGGUUCGAUUGAUGUGGGAUUCUGUGAUGGAAACUCUUACAUUUUUGGAAAAAGAAAGAGAAGUUGUUAAUUCAGUCAUUUCAGGUCAUGUUGAUCAGUAUACUUUGGAUGGAGCUGGUGUUGCUAUUAAGGUUCCAAGACUCUUACUGGACAGAAUUGAAAAACAAAUGUACCAUUUAUUUAUAGGAAACCUUUAUGAAGCUGGAAAAUUGAAUCUUUUAACUGUUAUUCGGUUACUAAAUGAAGCCCUGAAGAUUUUAAAAGAUGAACGUAGUUGUACUGACCAAACAGGACUGACAACAGACCUUAGUUAUGUUGAGAGAGAGGCCAGAAUUCAGAAAAACACAUUAUCACAAGUGAAGCAGAUGAGGAAUAAAAUAAAGCAAGAGGCUAUUUUUAUAAAGCAGUCAAAUACUGAAAAACAGAGAAAAUGGAACGAGAAGUGGGAAGAGUUCCUUAAUCAGGCUCCUUUUAGUCUAAUUAAACAUGAGACUCCAGCUCUGGAUCUUUUACCGGCAAUGUCUCCUCUUUCAUUUGAUCCUGCUUCAGAAGAAGUUUAUGAAAGCAGUAUCUUCUUUCGAUAUCCCAUAUCACUUCCAGAUACAUCUAAGAAGCAUACCCAAGAAAAUUCCCACUGGAAGGAUGAUGAUGCAGUAAGAACUGCGGAUGAACUUGUGAACAGGGUUGCUGUUCUUCCAGUGCCAUCAGAUACAGUGUCUGAGAGUAGCAGUGUUAUGUUACUUGAAAAGGAUGUGAAGACGAAGACUCUUAGAGAUAAAGAGCAGCCAAUUUCUAAAAACAAAAAACAGAUCAAAAUGGAUACAUCUCAAUCACUGUCAGUUCAGAAGAACAGAGAGAAUUGUGUACUUUCAACACCAGUGCUUGAUCCCUUCAAAAAAGAAGUAGAUCAUCUGGCAGAGGAGGUUGCCAAAGCUGUUGUAGCAGAUUCACCACAGCUUUGUAAAGAAAGAGACAAAGAAUUAGGUGACUUAAUCAACUGUCUAUUUUCUAACCCAUUUUUGACAAAGAAGCAGAUUCCACGAACGCCAGAAGAUUUGACUCCUGAAAUUAGAAACUCCCAAAGAGAUUUUCAAGAUGAAGUUGAUCGAGAUAUAGAGGUGGUUCAAAUGGAUGCUGUGUCCAGUGACCAAACACAUUCAAGCAUAAACAAUUUUCUCUCGGGAUCAGCUUUUAGUAAAUCUUUUUUGCCUGACGAAAGAGGUUCCCCGAAACUUGGACCUCAAGAGAGCAUAGGAACUAGUCACCUUGACCCACCAGCAAGCAAAUGUGCAAAAGUUUCAAAUAAAAGAACCUGGGAACAGAACUCAGAAUGUGCAGUUUUACAAGUAGACCUUGAAGAAAGUAGCCAUACAGGGUCAAGUUUAUCUGCUACAGAGAACAAGACAAGUGGAAUAGAUGGUAAAGAAGAACAAGUUAAUAAAAAACUGGACUUCUCAUCUGCGUCUUGUAAAGAACAGUCUUGGGUGCAUACAACUUUAUUGUGGAAUUCUGAGAUCCUAAAUGAAAUUAAUUCUAAUAGAGAGGCUGUCCACUUUGAUAUAUUGCACGAAACCCUUCCAGAGGUAGCGGAUAACUUGAGUUUUAAUAGCUCCUAUAGCCCAGAGUCCAGUGAUGAAACAGGGCAGAAAAAUUCAAUGGAUAAUGAUAUCUUAAUAGAAGAAUCAAUGAGAAAAAAAUUGACUACUGAAGAAAGAAACUUGAGUUUUGAGGCUAUUUGCAGUAGAUUUGAAGCUCUUAAAAAGUCUAUGUCUGAGAAAAAAAAAGAGUCUUCUCACUUUUCUCCUGAAACAUUUAUAAAAGAUGAUUCAAAAUUGGGCUGUACUUCAAAUAACAUGGAAACAGAUGACAUGUUUAAUUCUCUGGGAGAUUUUCCUGCUGUCUACAUAGACAACAUAAAACCAUCUUCACGAAUAUCUUUUGGUGAAAGAAAAUCUCUUUCACCACUCAUUAAAUUUUCUCCAGAGGAACAGAGACGAAGGUCCACCAAGCCAAAUAAUAUUGGAGAAUUUUUACCUUAUUUAAAGGAAGAAGAAAACUUGGAUAAAAGGCUCAAAUCCUCAUCUAAUUUAAAGGCUGAAGAAGAUGGAGCAGUUGCACAAUUAAUUGAAUUAUGAUGGAUUUAAAUUGAAGAUUCAUUAUAGAAUAAAAAACUGAUUUGUAAUCUAAAUAUUUUUGGGAAGCCUUACUCUUGCAGAUAGGAAAAAAAAACACUCUGGGUAACAGCACCCCAAUCUUUUAGGGCAAGAGACAUAUACAGUAUCCAGUUAGUGAAGUCUUUAGUCUUUUUGAAUGAAAAAAUGUGUAGCUUUUUACCCAUUUGUAAAAAAUGGAAGUUAAAAACAAAAUACAGAAUGCACAGAAUGUUAGACCUUGAAAAGACUUUAGAGGUCAUUUAGUUCAGUCUCAUUUUAUAGAUAAGGAAAUUGAGGCCCAGAGGGGUGAAGUGAUUUGUUCCAGGUUACCAGAAGACAUUUUGAUACCAUCAAUGAUCAAUUUGUAAUGAAUGAGCUUUCCAAAGUUAAGUAACCUGUUGGCAUAGAUAGUAGCUUGAUUGACUUUAAAGGAUAAAUAGCAUAAGAAGGCCACUUAGAAAUACUGUACUUUUAUCCUAAGGAAAUAGCACUUGUGUUAGCCUUCAGUGUUACUUAAGAAUAUAUUAAAAUCACUAACAAAAAUAUUUGAAAAUAGUAGAUGACUUAGAGCAUGAUUGGAGAAAAAGUAAGAACCAGAUAGUGGUAAGCCUUAAAUUUGCUUUCCCAAAGCGGUAAUGGCAGCUUACAGAGAUGAAGUUAGGUGGAAUGAAGAAUGAGCAUAUGAAAAAAGGUAGGGAAGAGGAUAUCCAAAUGAGAAAAUGACAGAAUAACAGAAGGAAAAUGAUGAGAAGAGAUAAUAGGAAAGACGACCAAGAACUAGAAAUCUACUCAGUGGGUUUAACUGGGUAAUGGACUUAUUUGGUCUAAUUUAGACUGGGAUUAUUUAUUUUUGUAGUUUUGUAUUUCAGCAUAAAAAUGUAAAUAAAUUGAAUAAUAUUCACUGUU